UAUAAACACAGUCUCAAAGCCAGGUGUGUACUGACCAACCAUUCAUACUGGGAUAUAGACAGUCCUGUGUUCUGCUUUAGUAAUAUAAACACAGUCUCAAAGCCAGGUGUGUACUGACCAACCAUUCAUACUGGGAUAUAGACAGUCCUGUGUUCUGCUUUAGUAAUAUAAACACAGUCUCAAAGCCAGGUGUGUACUGAUCAACCGUUCAUACUGGGAUAUAGACAGUCCUGUGUUCUGCUUUAGUAAUAUAAACACAGUCUCAAAGCCAGGUGUGUACUGACCAACCAUUCAUACUGGGAUAUAGACAGUCCUGUGUUCUGCUUGUAGGCAUGCAGGAUUUUAGCUGUUGUCAUAUUUUGUCAUUAGACAGUUUUUUUGAUAAAUCACCAGGAUUCCAUGUAACAUUGAAUAAAUACAUUAGAUUAGUUACUUUGGUUAAUGGGCCAGUUUCCCAGACACAGAUUAAGUCUAGUCCUGGACCUUAAAGAACUUUCUAUUGAAACUUCCAUUGAGCAUGCUUUUUAGUCCAGCACUAGACUCAAUCUGUGUCCAGGAAACAGGCCCCAUAUGUAUAACUGACAUGCUUGUCCUUGUUCAGGACUCCACACACUGGCUUCAGAUUGAACCCUUGACUUCCACUAUCCAGGGAGUGACAAUGUUCAGACACAGGACACCCAAAGGGAGUUAUGAGUGCACAGUGUCUGGUCUCCGCUGGCUGUGUGAGAGAGAUGUCAUUCUGAAGUAUCACUUCAGGAACUGGGAACCCUACAGUCAACUUCUGAAAGACAUGCAGUACACACAAGGUGGUCCAUUGCUGGACAUCACUAUGGAGUUAGGUGAACUGGAGGAAGUUCAUCUGCCACACUUUGUCUGUUUAGGGACCAACCCUUCCCUGAGGAAUGAGAUGAAGAUUCUUCAUGUAGAGGAACAUGGAGUGUGUUUAGAGGAAGUGCACGAGGUCACCAGAUUCCAUGCUAAGAUUCUCCAUCCCAAGUUCUCACCUAUCUCUCUGAUACUGAGAUUACUGUCUUGGAAAAGAGAUGUCCACUGUGACGUGGUCCUCUAUUUGGCAGUAAAAAGGUCAACAGUAAUUUCAAGGCUGUACCUGCUCCUCAGAAACUCCAGUCAGAAAGAGGUGAGGCACUAUCAUUGAAGUGACAACAGUAUGUUGAAACUUACUAAAGGAAAGCUGAUAGUUUGUUGAAAAUCUCUAGAUUACAAAGACAACAUGCAGCUCUGUGAGAAAUCUAUUUCUGUCUCAUUCAUUUGAAGAGCCAGUAGACGGCACUCUUCCCUCUGGUCGGAGGAGAACCCAAUGCCCCGGGGCAGUGAAGGGGACAUUUCCCUGUGUAGGGUGCUGUCCUUCAGAUGGAACGUUAAACGGGUGUCCUCUCCAUGGUCACUGAAGAUCCCAUGGCCCUUAUCGUAAGAGUAGGGAUGUUAACCCCGGUGUCCUGGCUAAAUUCCCAAUCUGGCCCUCAUACCAUCAUGGCUACCUAAUCAUCCCCAGCUUCCAAUUGGCUCAUUUUCCCCCUCUCCUCUCCCCUGUAACUCUUCCCCAGGUCGUUGCUGUAAAAGAGAAUCUCUUCUCAGUCAACUUACCUGGUACACCUUUAACAUAAUCUCCU